AUGAGACGUCAGCUUAAACCCAACCAUCUACUACGUGAAAUCAUGGCUGGUGUUCAGCAUUUGCACUCGAUGAAGAUUGUGCAUCGGGAUUUAAAACCUCAGAAUAUUCUUAUUAGCAAGUCUAACAGCAAGAAAAGUUUGAAGCCGCGUAUUUUGAUUUCUGAUUUUGGAUUAGGAAAGCGGCUGGCAGACGAUCAAUCAUCAUUUCACAACACAGCUGGGUUUGGAGGUGGAACAGUGGGUUGGAGAGCACCCGAGUGUUUGCUUGAACUUGCAAACUCAGACUCUUUAAUACGAAUCACUCGUUCUAUGGACAUUUUCUCGGUCGGGUGUAUAUUUUUUUAUAUUCUAACUCAAGGCGGACAUCCAUUUGGAGAUAAAUUUGUUCGAGAAUCCAAUGUUCUUCGUGGAAACUAUCGAUUGGAUGCGUUGGAUGCCUUGAAACAUGAAAGUCUGUUGGCCAAAGACAUGAUCAAACGCAUGAUUGCCAAAGAUCCUUCCAAACGACCAGAUGCAGUAUCAUUAAUGUUUCAUCCAUACUUUUGGACGUCGACACAGAAGCUGGCGUUUAUGCAAGAGUUGUCAGAUCGUAUUGAAAUAGAAAGCAGAGACCCGCCAUCAGCACUUAUCAAGCAUUUGGAAAGAGGAACAACAAAAAUAACAGGAGGAGAUUGGUGUCGUCGAUUCACUCGAAAUGUGAUGGAUGAUUUGCGACUGCGUCGCAGGUAUGAUGGAAGUAGUGUGCAAGAUUUGUUGCGAGCAGUCCGUAACACCAAACACCAUUAUCAGGAACUAUCGAUUGAAUCUAGAAACUCACUCGGAGUAUUGCCAGAAGAGUUUGUAGUGAAUCUUGAGAGCAAAUUUCCAGGACUUUUACUGCACUGUUUUAAUUUAGUCACAGAUAGCAAGGCAUUACGUAAUGAUCCAACACUGAUGAGUUAUUUGACACCGAUUGGAUAAAAGCAACAAGGUUAUUGUGAUUUACAGCUAUAUUCAGUAAAUAAAAUAUUCUUUUGUAAUUUAUCAAUGAUUGUCUCCGAAACAGACAAUAGUUGAAUAUUCAGUGUACUUUUCUACUACACAUUGACUUUAAUAGACAAUGUUCAUGAAAAAUCAAACUAGUUUUGAACUGGAAUUACGCACUUUUGGUAGUCAUACAUUGUACCAUCUUUAUACUUUCCAUUACAACCCAGAUAUUGAAGUUGACUAUUCUGAUGUUACAAAACUCUAUAAACUUGGAUACAUUUGCGCUCUAGU